ACACCGAUUCGUAGAUGUGAUGUUAAAUAUUUGAUAAAACACAUUUCCCAGUGCCACGACUUUACCAAAAUUAUUGAGUUUCCUGAUCAUCUCGCCCGUGCCGCAUAAAAUUCGCCUCCAUUCCCGGCAUUCCGAUGGACUACAGCUAUAGCAUUGGCUCCAAGUCGCCAGUGUUCAUCAGCAAAUGUGCCCCGUACAACUUUCUGCGGGAAUACCGCCUAGGCUGCGAUUGUAAGAAUAUACCAGCUGUCACACUGGUUAAGGAAGCCCGCAACGCUUGGCACGCACUCAGUGACCAGGAGCAGUCCUUGUUCGAGGAAGUCCCCUAUUUGAUGGCCCAAUUCGGACCAUCCAUCGAGUCGGCAAUGAGGUUAACCGUCAAUGUCCUGUCGCCUCAGCAGGUCACAGUGCAAAGGACGCGCUCUGAUGUUCAGUCAAGUAAGCGUAGAAUCUGUCGUGGAAAUGCCAAGACGCAUAGGAAGAAGCGGCAGCAGAAGAUGGGUGCAACGAGCCGGAAGCGAAGUCCAGGGAUUGGAAGUACCAGGUGUACCAGGUAUACAUCCCAAUUUCACUGGGAAAACCCGCCUCUUUAAAAACCUUGAUGAACCCUUUUGACCACCGGAUAUGCUAGCAAUGGAAAAUAUAGGUACACUGCAAUC